AUGGGCACCAAGAAGUGUGGCUCAAAAAGCAAAACAGAAGGAACCGGGAUGAGCAGCAGCGCAGAAGAAGACAGUGACUCCAGCGGUACCAAGAAGAUGCUGAAAUGCGUCGUGGUCGGGGACGGCGCCGUGGGCAAGACGUGUUUGCUCAUGAGUUACGCCAACGAUGCUUUCCCGGAAGAGUACGUGCCCACCGUUUUUGACCACUAUGCAGUAACUGUGACGGUCGGAGGCAAGCAACACUUGCUGGGACUGUACGACACUGCUGGGCAGGAGGACUACAAUCAGCUACGACCCCUCUCCUACGCCAACACGGACGUGUUCUUAAUCUGCUUCUCUGUUGUAAACUCCGCCUCGUACCACAACGUCCAGGAAGAAUGGGUGCCGGAACUGAAAGUCUGCAUGCCGCAUGUGCCUUACGUCCUGAUAGGAACGCAGAUUGACCUACGAGACGAUCCCAAAACCUUGACCCGAUUAUUCUACAUGAAGGAGAAACCCCUGACUUACGAACAUGGCAUCAAACUGGCAAAAGAGAUCGGGGCCCAGUGCUACUUGGAGUGUUCAGCUUUGACGCAGAAGGGCCUGAAGGCUGUCUUUGAUGAAGCGAUCCUCACGAUCUUCAGCCCCAAGAAAAAGAAGCCACACUGUGCCGAAUGCUGCAGCUCCUGUAGGGUCCUAUGAU